AUGAAGAUUUCAAGUACUUUCAACCAGGCCUUGGGAUUUUGUUUGCUAAUUAGUGCCGCAGUUCAGGCCAAGGGAUACUCUCGAAGCGAGGCGUGCCAACCGCACCAUCCAUUCAAGCCCCUUCCGGGCAGCCAGGCCAGAACUCGCACCUGUCAUGUAGUCAAUCAUGGCCAUGGACGCGACGAUUCAGCCAAUGUUCUUACCGCAUUGAAGAAAUGCAACAACGGGGGAAAGGUUGUCUUUGAUGCUGACAAGACAUACACGAUUGGAAAGGCACUUGACAUGACUUUCUUGAAGCAUGUGGAUCUCGAAAUCCAAGGCCAUAUCCAAUUCAGCAAUGACACGGAUUAUUGGCAAGCCAACGCAUUCAAGCAAGUCUACCAAAACGCCACCACGUUCUUCCAGCUCGGUGGUGAGGAUGUCAAUGUUUACGGUGAGGGUACUCUGGAUGGUAACGGCCAGGUCUGGUAUGACUUAUAUGCAGAGGAUGCCCUCAUCUUGCGGCCGAUUCUGUGGUAUCACUUUGUGGCAAACUCAUCCAACGUCCUUUUUGACGGAAUUGAUAUCACUGGGUUCAGCAGCAGUGCGAAUGUGGCUAAGAACACCGACGGAUGGGACCUCUAUCGGUCAACGAAUAUUGUUAUCCAGAACUCCGUGAUUAACAACGGAGAUGAUUGCGUCUCAUUCAAGCCCAAUGUUACCGACAUUCUGGUCCAAAAUCUUCAUUGCAACGGCUCCCACGGUAUCUCUGUUGGCUCCCUAGGCCAAUACCCGGGCGAGAUUGAUAUUGUGCAGAAUGUGCUCGUCUACAAUAUCUCCAUGUUCAACGCAUCGGAUGGUGCGCGUAUCAAAGUCUGGCCUGGGACUCCCUCUGCGCUCUCUACCGAUCUCCAGGGCGGCGGCGGAUCGGGCCUGGUGAAGAACAUUACCUACGACAGCAUGACCAUUGACAAUGUCGACUAUGCCAUCGAAGUGACCCAAUGCUACGGCCAGAAGAAUUUGACACUCUGCAACGAGUUCCCCAGCAAGCUUGUUAUUGAAGAUGUUUUCUUCAAGAAUUUUAAUGGUGUCACCUCUGGGAAAUAUGACCCUUAUGUGGGCACGAUUGUCUGCUCAAGUCCCGAUGUUUGCUCAAAUAUCAACGCCAGUGGCAUUGACGUUGUUAGCCCCGAUGGGAAUGAUCAGUUUACUUGCACAAACGUCGAUGACAAUUUGCUGGAUUUGAACUGUGCUUCCUCUAGCUAG